CAACCCAAGUUAACCAUUUUUAAGUCUGAGAACAUCACACUGUAAACAAUGGAUGAUGCUGAGAAGGCCGAGCAUGAACGCAUCUUCAAGUGUUUUGACGCCAACGGCGACGGCAAGAUAUCCUCCGCAGAGCUUGGUGAAGCUCUGAAGACCAUCGGCUCCGUCACGGGGGACGAAAUUAAAAAGAUGAUGGCGGAGAUUGACACUGAUGGGGAUGGCUACAUUUCCUACCAGGAAUUUACUGACUUCGCCCGUGCCAACCGUGGCUUAAUGAAAGAUGUCGCCAAGAUUUUCUAAAAUCUGUGUGUUUCUUUGCAGGCAUUCACAUUAUUUUUUUCUCCAUUUUGCAUAAAUUAUUUAUGAUCUUCUCUUAAUUCGUUUCUUUCUUUUUCAUGAUCAUAAGAAACUGGGUUUUCUUCCAUCCCCGUACCCCAAAUUGUAUCUGUUCAAAAGAAAGAACAAGAAAAAAAGAAAAAAAGAAAAAAAACUGGGUUUUCUUAGAUUAUUGUUGUUGGUUGUUAAACUGUUACCUUUUGUGUCUUUUAAUUUGGUUCAAUUAAAUGCUUGUAGUUGUUGAACUGCAUACAUCAAAAUAACUGUUGCUAAGCAGU